CCUUGGAAUUGGGAUUUUCCCUUCAUCAUGACGAUUGCUCCACUAUCACUGUGAAAGCGGUCGCUCCUUGCUCGCUCCCCCAAGUACCUUACAGCUGGCGUUGAUCAUUUGGCUGGCCCACUUCGCAACGCAUUUCUCUACUGCACCUUCUUCAUUAUCCUGUCGCUAUCUUUCUUUUGUUCUCCGGAGUGCGAAGCCUUUCGUAACCCCAUUUGUUUCUUUUGUUUUUGUGGAUUGCGUUGACAUUCAACCGCAUACCACUCCGUGACUAUCGUUUCCUUUCAUCUUUCUUGUUCUGUUCAUUAUUUGUUUCAUCACUAGUAUUUUGCAGCACAGCCAGCAAGCAACUAGAAGGCAUCACCAACAUACGAACGAGCCCUUUGGUAGCUUACUCCGAUACCGCAGUGCCUAGGUACGAUGGCGAACGUGCAUAGGCGAAACACAGCUAUAGCUGCUAGCACGCUGUACUUUCUGUCGAUACCCUUCUUGAUUCUCGUCAUAAUCGGUAAUACCCAUAUCAAUUCGACAUUGAACGACAUAUACUUCUUUAAACUUGAUGUUUCUCAAGUUAUACCAAUCUCAGUCGAUAAUUCGAGACUUCUCAAUUCUGUCGCUCGGAGUUUAGGUCUGCAUGAUUUCUACCAGGUUGGACUCUGGAACUUCUGCGAAGGCUACAACGAUGAAGGCGUUACGUACUGCUCUAAUCCUAAACAGUGGUACUGGUUCAACCCCGUCGAGAUUCUUGUCAGCGAACUACUCGCUGGGGCCCAGAUUGCACUCCCUGCUGAGGCCGUCACCGUCCUCAACUUGCUCAAGAUAGGCUCUAGAAUCAUGUAUGGAUGUUUCAUGGCCGGCAUAUGCAUCGACUUUGUCCUUAUUCCACUAAGCCUUCUCGUUAUUCGCACCCGUUGGUGGAGUCUGGUAAUAACAGUUCUCGCUUUCUGCACAGCGAUUCUUAUUUCGCUCGCAGCUAUCAUUGCAACUGUCAUAAGUGUUGCUGCUAAGGUCGCACUCACGGCGCAGGAUCAACUCAAUAUCAGGGCAAACAUUGGCAUCAAGAUGUUUGUCUUCAUGUGGCUGGCUGCUAUUUUCACCGAUGUGGCAUUCCUGUUACAUGCUGCUAUGGGUUGCUGUUGUAGACCUAACAGGGAUGAGCCGCAGUGUCUUCAGGGAGAGAUGAGGGCGGCGCAUCCAAACCUUCGUCAUCGAAGAAGGCAUAGGUCUUCAUCACAUUCGUCGUAGGACGCUAUGCGGAUCUAACUUCAGCUUCGAGGCCCUGCUGAUGUACAAAUUUGGAGAAAAAGCCUUCGGCCCAGAAUUCCAAGAUCGUUGAGAAGCUAAGGCUCUUUAAGUUCUGGGACACGACAUGAAAUCAAAAGCCUGCGCAACAACCAGAAUUGCGCGCUUAUUUAGACUGUUUGGUUCAUUGCAUUACGCGGAGCAGGGAAUAAUUGCAUAGAGAAUACUCAUUUUAGAUGUUUGUCGCCAUGAGCAUAAGGGACGUAUAGUACAUAGGAUAUCACGGUAUAGACAGGCGGGCGAGGUCAAGGGGGUAGGCCUUCCAACAUGAUUGUGUUGAGCUCUACCAAAGCGGACGAAAUUCUUUCACGGCGCUGAGGUGGGCUAUGAAUUCUUCCGCCUAAAUAAUACAAUACACUUUGAAGAAAAGAUAGCGUCAUAAUAAUCGUUUUUGGAUUUCAA